GAUAUGACAAGCUGAAACCAUUUGGUUUUCCGAUACAUGGAGCCAUUGAUGGUUUCAGCAGAAAAGUCUUGUGGUUGGAAGUCACCAGGUCAAACAACUCACCUCAAAGUGUUGCUCAAUUUUAUUUACAAUGUGUGAGGGGAAAAUGAGGGAUGCCCACUACAGACACGCACCGACUGCGGAACAGAAAAUGGAAUAAUUGCUGGGGCGCAAUGUUACUUCAGAGCUGAUGAUGAUGCACCAUUUAGUGGAGAACAAGCACAUGUUUUUGGUUCUUCUCCACAUAACCAGAGGAUCGAAAACUGGUGGUCGCGGUUAAAAACAUCAUGCACAAACUGGUGGAUUCAGUUUUUUAAAGACAUGGUUGAUGAGAAACAACUGAGUUUAGUUGAUGAAUAUACACAAGAAUGUUUGUGGUUCUGUUUCAGUGGUCUUUUGCAGAAUUCACUUGAUGAAGUACAAAUGUACUGGAACACUCACUACAUAAGACCUUCCCGUCACGAAACUGUUGGUGGAGUUCCAGAUGUCCUAUAUGCAAUACCAGAGGAAGUUGGAGCAUUUGACUGUUGUGUGCAUGUUUCUGAGGACAAAUUACUUGAAAUUGAACAAAGUUGCAUGAUUGAAGAUGAAGAAAAUAUCUUUCAAGAAUACUUUCAUUACCAAAUGGAAUUUCAAGGGUUGCAGUUUCCUACUAAUCAUGAGGAAGCAUUAGAAUUAUUUCAGGUUCUAAUGACAUAUAAUUAA